CCACCAAUCUGAACACGUGCGUUCAGCAGUGAUGUGUUUGCUGGGCUUGCCGGCGAAUCUCGUCACGAUAUAAACAUUUGGUUUGUUUAUACAACAACAGUUAAAGUAAUAACAGUAACUAUGUCGGACGGCAGCGGCGUGAGAGUCACGUACAUUCACAGCGCGCAGUACGUGUUGGCGUGUGAUACUCUCUCCAGAAUUCCUCGGCGGGCGAGCAUGGUGCACACACUCAUAGAAUCGUACGGCCUGCUAAAGUACAUGCGCGUGGUGGAACCCAGCGCCCCGAGCCGGCAGGAGCUCGCCGCGUUCCACUCGGACGACUACCUGGAGCACCUGGAGCAAGUGAGCCGGGACGGGGACGACGACCACCCCGAGUCGCAGCUCUACGGCCUCGGCUACGACUGCCCCACCACGGAGGGCGUGUUCGAGUGCGCGGCGUCCGUGGCGGGAGGGACGCUGGCGGCCGCCGGCUCUCUGAUGGACGGCUCGUGCGACGUGGCCCUCAACUGGCCCGGAGGGUGGCACCACGCGAAAAAAGACGAGGCGUCCGGGUUCUGCUACGUGAAUGACAUCGUCCUGGGCAUUCUCAAGCUCAGGGAGAAGUUCGAGAGGGUGCUGUACAUCGAUCUGGAUCUUCACCAUGGAGACGGUGUGGAGGAUGCCUUCUCAUUCACCCCGAAGGUGAUGACGGUGUCCGUGCACAAGUUCUCGCCAGGUUUCUUCCCAGGUACGGGAGGAAUCGACGAGGUGGGCAUGGGCAAGGGGAGAUAUUUUGCCCUCAACGUCCCGCUGCAGGACGGCAUCACGGACGACAAAUACUACUACGCGUGUCACACGGUCCUGCAAGAUGUGUUCGUGACCUUUAACCCAGAAGUGGUCGUUUGCCAGCUGGGAGCAGACACCCUCGCCGGUGACCCCAUGUGCUCCUUCAACCUGACCCCGCGAGGAAUCGGCCGCUGCCUGCAGAGCAUCCUGGAGUGGCGGUUGCCCACGCUUGUACUGGGAGGAGGAGGGUACCACCAGCCCAACACGGCUCGCUGUUGGGCGUACCUGACUGCUCUCAUCCUCGGACAGACCCUCUCACCUGAGAUACCUGAGCAUCAGUAUUUUACAGAAUAUGGACCAGACUACAUGCUUGACAUCACUCCAAGCUGUCGGACCGACAAAAACGACCAACAGUAUCUGGACAAUCUCAUCGCCAGAGUACGAGCCAACCUGAAAAACGCAUCGUAAUCUUCACGCGGGGACGAACGCAAAGACGCCAAGGACUCUUGUGGCACGCGGGACCGACGGGGACGAUUUCAUUCUACGGAUUUAGACGUUGGGGGAUGGGGGGGGGGGAUACGGGAGAUUAUCUAGAAGUGGCGGCUUGUGAUCACACACUCGCGCCUUUCACCGACAGACGACACCUCGGUGCACUUUAAAAUCGGGAUAAUUUGUAAAAGUUUCGUUCGUCGCGCUCACGUGUUUCGUACGGUCCGGUGGGGAACGGGCGCGUGUAAAAAAAUGAAUACCGUCGGUUGUUUUGCUUGCGUGCGUUAUUAGCGGUCGUACCGCGAGUGCCGAGACGAGCGUCUUUUGCCGGCGGAUCUCGUCAUUUGGGAACCGAUCCACGUCUCGGAUUCAACAAAACGUCGGCGGACAUCGUUUUCCGAGCGACACGCCACACACAACCUGAAGAAAGCACACCGGUCGGGAGAGCUACGUGAGAUUUUUUUUUUGCCAAAGUGAAAGAGUUGCCGCCGUUUCAUCAAAACGACGCUGGGAUCAUACCCGGGCGACGUGUUUGGUGUUUUUUUUUUUUUACGCGUCGAACCGUCCACGAUGUUUCUGUGUCGAUGGCGAUUUGCGUUCGGUCCACUGCAAGAAAAGUCGCGAUUCGGCGUCGAGAUUUAGACGAGUUUCUUUGCGUGACUGUUAACAUCACGGAAGAUGGCAAUGGCUUAGACCAGGCCUUCAUCCAGCAUCCAGCAGUGGAUCGACCAUGGCUGACAAUGAUGAUGCUUAUGAAUGUGGUUAGUGGUUGUGUCCGUAGCCUGCAGAAUUUACUUGAAUGGUUCAUCCACUGUUGGUCAUUGAUGGUUAUUUGACCCUAAACUUCACCACGCUGGUCGGUGCAGGUCAGUGAAUCAUCAUCGAUUGCUGUUGGUAAGUCACCACUUGGCAAUGUUACAAAUUGCAACGGGGCUUUGCUAUCGCCUCCCGAACGCACGCCUCUUUCGCAAGCAGUGCCCUCGCCGCGUGCACCGAGUAGCUUUUGGCCGCGGAAGAACAUUGGCGCGGGGACCUCGAACACGGCCACCCCUUGACAGGGUCGUUGACGCGAAGGAAGCGCGCUUAUUUCGGGGAGAGGGAUCACGAAGGCCAACCGAGAGACGCUCCGCUUUGCCGGCUCAUCGCUGGCUCAUCAAUUCCACGUGCGCUCGUGUCGAACCUUGCGCGCGUUCGAGAGAGUCAAAGGCGCAGCCCUGCAAUGGCUCGCUGUGUGCGUACGUGUGCACGUUGAACUUCUGCCGGCACCGUACGUAGCCAACCGUGCUAACGCGGCGUUGCAGGGAAGGACAACAAACUAAACACAACGAGGAGUUCUAAUGAAAUGCGUUUUCAAUCUACGCCACUGCUGGUGCUGUCUAGAGAGCCACCCCACCCCCUCCUCAAGAGUAUUUGGCCUACUCUUCCAUACUGGUCAAACAUCUUGGGAAAGGGGGGAGGGACCCACCCUUUACCCCGCCACACGCGACCUCCCAAUGGACAAACUGUGGUGGUGGUGACGGAUUGCCCAGUCCAGUUGUGCUGACCAUUCCGCGGCUGUGACGGCGGCCCUGAUGUGUGCGUACACCGAGAUAGUUUGUUGUGACCUGUUGUCACCGUUGUUUUGAACCAAAUUGUCGA